AUGAAGGUUGGGGACGAUUGGGUGCUCUGUUUCCCAGAACUCCCCAAUAUCUCCUGCUGGAAGCCACCGUCUAAUUGGGCUGAAACAUUGUUCAUUAACAUUGUACUGUACUCCAUCUCUGCCCUCACUGCAGUCCUCAACCUACUCAUCAUCAUCUCAGUGUCCCACUUCAGGCAGCUCCACACACCCACCAACAUCGUCCUCCUCUCUCUGGCUGUCUCAGAUUUCCUUGUGGGCCUCCUGUUGAUGCCAGCAGAUGCACUAAAAAAAACACAUUGCUGGUUGUUUGGUUACUUUGUGUGUUCACUCUAUAGGUUUGUGUCCGAGACCAUUCUCUCUGCCUCAGUUGUAAACAUGGUGCUCAUAUCAGUUGACCGCUAUGUGGCUAUUUGUGACCCUCUGCAUUACACCACCAGAAUCACUGUGAAAAGAGUUCAAUUCUGUGUUUGGUUGUUAUGGUCCUGUUCUAUUGCCUACAAUACUUACUUCUUUUUUCUCCAUUAUGACCAACAAUUAUAUUACCUACCCUGCCAUGGAGAUUGUAUCAUUUUAAGUGAUAACAUGGGCGCUGUCCUCGAUCUUGUUUUAAACUUUUUUGUUCCUGUUACUGUCAUCAUAGUUUUAUAUACAGGAGUAUUUGUUGUGGCUGUGUCUCAAGCUCGUGCCAUGCGCUCUCACAUUACAGCUGUCACAAAGCAGAUUUCAGUGACUAAAACAGCAAAGAAAUCUGAGCUGAAAGCAGCCAGGACUCUUGGUGUUUUGGUUGUUGUGUUUCUGAUGUGUUUCACGCCAAGUUACUUUUCAUCUUUAGUAGGGUAUGAAUACCUUAGUUAUUCAAAAGCAUACUUUGUUCAGUAUCUGUACUAUUUUAACUCUUGUCUAAACCCUGUGGUUUAUGCCUUGUUUUACCCCUGGUUCAGAAAAACAGUUAAACUCAUUGUUACUCUUCAGAUACUGCAGCCUGGCUCCUGUGAGGCCAACAUACUGUAG